AACUGCAGGACAAACAUCAGGUGCCUCAACAUCUGCAGCAAUAACCACAUCAGCUGCAACACCGCCAUCAUCCACAACACCACCACAAUCUACAAUAGCAUCAACAUCUGCAGCCAUAACCACAUCAGUAGCAACAACACCAUCAGGAACAACUGUAGCACAAACAUCAGGUGCCUCAAUAUCUGCAGCAAUAACCACAUCAGCUGCAACAACAGCAUUGCCCACAUCACUACAAUCUACAGCAUCAUCAACAUCUGCAGCCCUAACAACAUCAGCAGCAACAACACCAUCAGCUACAACUGUAGGACAAACAACAUCAGGUGCCGCAACAUCUGCAGCAAUAACCGCAUCAGCUGCAACAACACCACUGCCCACAACACCACCACAAUCCACAUUAACAUCAACAUCUGCAGUAGUAACCACAUCAGCAGGAACAACACCAUCGGCUACAACUGUUGGACAAACAACAUCAGGUGCCUCAACAACUGCUGCAAUAACCACAUCAGCUGCAACAACACCAUUGCCCACAACACCACCACAAUCUACAACAGCAUCAACAUCUGCAGCAGUAACCACAUCAGCAGCAACAACACCAUCAACUACAACUGCAGGACAAACAACAUCAGGUGCCGCAACAACUGCAUCAAUAACCACAUUAGUGGCAACCACACCAUUGUCCACAACACCACCACAAUCUACAACAGCAUCAACAUCUGCAGCCAUAACCACAUCAGCAGCAACAACACCAUCAGCAACAACUGUAGUACAAACAUCAGGUGCCUCAACAUCUGCAGCAAUAACCACAUCAGCUGCAACAACACCAUUGCCCACAUCACUACAAUCUACAGCAUCAUCAACAUCUGCAGCCAUAACCACAUCAGCAGCAACAACACCAUCAGCAACAACUGUAGUACAAACAUCAGGUGCCUCAACAUCUGCAGCAAUAACCACAUCAGCUGCAACAACACCAUUGCCCACAACACCACCACAAUCCACAUCAACAUCUGCAGUAGUAACCACAUCAGCAGGAACAACACCAUUGGCUACAACUGUAGGACAAACAACAUCAGGUGCCUCAACAACUGCAGCAAUAACCACAUCAGCUGCAACAACACCAUUGCCCACAACACCACCACAAUCUACAGUAGCAUCAACAUCUGCAGUCGUAACAACAUCAGCAGGAACAACGCCAUCAGCUAUAACUGUAGGACAAUCAACAUCAAGUGCUGGAACAACUGCCGCAAUAACCUCAUCACCUGUAACAACAUCACUGGCAACAACUCUCGCACAAACAACUGCAGGUCCCUCAACAUCUGCAGCAGUAACCACAUCAGCAGAAACAACACCAUCAGCUACAACUGCAGGACAAACAUCAGGUGCCUCAACAUCUGCAGCAAUAACCACAUCAGCUGCACCACCGCCAUCAUCCACAACACCACCACAAUUUACAGCAGGAUUAACAUCAGCAGUUGUAACCACAUCAGCAAUAAUUUCUACAACUGCAGGAACAACAACAGAAGUAUCAACUCCAAUACCACAAACAUCAACUCCUUCACCAACUCAAAUGUCCACAACUCCAGGACAAACAACAGCAGCAUCAACAUCUGCAUCAGUAACUACAUCAUCAGCAACAACACCAUUGCCCACAACACCACCACAAUCUGCAGCAGCAUCAACAUCUACAGCAGUAACUACAUCAGCAGUAACAACACCAUCAGCUACAACUGCAGGACAGACAACAUCAGGUGCCGCAACAACUGCAUCAAUAACCACAUUAGUGGCAACCACACCAUUGUCCACAACACCACCACAAUCUACAACAGCAUCAACAUCUGCAGCCAUAACCACAUCAGCAGCAACAACACCAUCAGCAACAACUGUAGUACAAACAUCAGGUGCCUCAACAUCUGCAGCAAUAACCACAUCAGCUGCAACAACACCAUUGCCCACAUCACUACAAUCUACAGCAUCAUCAACAUCUGCAGCCAUAACCACAUCAGCAGCAACAACACCAUCAGCAACAACUGUAGUACAAACAUCAGGUGCCUCAACAUCUGCAGCAAUAACCACAUCAGCUGCAACAACACCAUUGCCCACAACACCACCACAAUCCACAUCAACAUCUGCAGUAGUAACCACAUCAGCAGGAACAACACCAUUGGCUACAACUGUAGGACAAACAACAUCAGGUGCCUCAACAACUGCAGCAAUAACCACAUCAGCUGCAACAACACCAUUGCCCACAACACCACCACAAUCUACAGUAGCAUCAACAUCUGCAGUCGUAACAACAUCAGCAGGAACAACGCCAUCAGCUAUAACUGUAGGACAAUCAACAUCAAGUGCUGGAACAACUGCCGCAAUAACCUCAUCACCUGUAACAACAUCACUGGCAACAACUCUCGCACAAACAACUGCAGGUCCCUCAACAUCUGCAGCAGUAACCACAUCAGCAGAAACAACACCAUCAGCUACAACUGCAGGACAAACAUCAGGUGCCUCAACAUCUGCAGCAAUAACCACAUCAGCUGCACCACCGCCAUCAUCCACAACACCACCACAAUUUACAGCAGGAUUAACAUCAGCAGUUGUAACCACAUCAGCAAUAAUUUCUACAACUGCAGGAACAACAACAGAAGUAUCAACUCCAAUACCACAAACAUCAACUCCUUCACCAACUCAAAUGUCCACAACUCCAGGACAAACAACAGCAGCAUCAACAUCUGCAUCAGUAACUACAUCAUCAGCAACAACACCAUUGCCCACAACACCACCACAAUCUGCAGCAGCAUCAACAUCUACAGCAGUAACUACAUCAGCAGUAACAACACCAUCAGCUACAACUGCAGGACAGACAACAUCAGGUGCCGCAACAACUGCAUCAAUAACCACAUUAGCGGCAACCACACCAUUGUCCACAACACCACCACAAUCUACAACAGCAUCAACAUCUGCAGCCAUAACCACAUCAGCAGCAACAACACCAUCAGCAACAACUGUAGUACAAACAUCAGGUGCCUCAACAUCUGCAGCAAUAACCACAUCAGCUGCAACAACACCAUUGCCCACAUCACUACAAUCUACAGCAUCAUCAACAUCUGCAGCCAUAACCACAUCAGCAGCAACAACACCAUCAGCAACAACUGUAGUACAAACAUCAGGUGCCUCAACAUCUGCAGCAAUAACCACAUCAGCUGCAACAACACCAUUGCCCACAACACCACCACAAUCCACAUCAACAUCUGCAGUAGUAACCACAUCAGCAGGAACAACACCAUUGGCUACAACUGUAGGACAAACAACAUCAGGUGCCUCAACAACUGCAGCAAUAACCACAUCAGCUGCAACAAGACCAUUGCCCACAACACCACCACAAUCUACAGUAGCAUCAACAUCUGCAGUCGUAACAACAUCAGCAGGAACAACGCCAUCAGCUAUAACUGUAGGACAAUCAACAUCAAGUGCUGGAACAACUGCCGCAAUAACCACAUCACCUGUAACAACAUCACUGGCAACAACUCUCGCACAAACAACUGCAGGUCCCUCAACAUCUGCAGCAGUAACCACAUCAGCAGAAACAACACCAUCAGCUACAACUGCAGGACAAACAUCAGGUGCCUCAACAUCUGCAGCAAUUACCACAUCAGCUGCAACACCGCCAUCAUCCACAACACCACCACAAUUUACAGCAGGAUUAACAUCAGCAGUUGUAACCACAUCAGCAAUAAUUUCUACAACUGCAGGAACAACAACAGAAGUAUCAACUCCAAUACCACAAACAUCAACUCCUUCACCAACUCAAAUGUCCACAACUCCAGGACAAACAACAGCAGCAUCAACAUCUGCAUCAGUAACUACAUCAUCAGCAACAACACCAUUGCCCACAACACCACCACAAUCUGCAGCAGCAUCAACAUCUACAGCAGUAACUACAUCAGCAGUAACAACACCAUCAGCUACAACUGCAGGACAGACAACAUCAGGUGCCGCAACAACUGCAUCAAUAACCACAUUAGCGGCAACCACACCAUUGUCCACAACACCACCACAAUCUACAGCAGCAUCAACAUCUGCAGCCAUAACCACAUCAGCAGCAACAACACCAUCAGCAACAACUGUAGUACAAACAUCAGGUGCCUCAACAUCUGCAGCAAUAACCACAUCAGCUGCAACAACACCAUUGCCCACAACACCACCACAAUCCACAUCAACAUCUGCAGUAGUAACCACAUCAGCAGGAACAACACCAUCGGCUACAACUGUAGGACAAACAACAUCAGGUGCCUCAACAACUGCAGCAAUAACCACAUCAGCUGCAACAACACCAUUGCCCACAACACCACCACAAUCUACAGUAGCAUCAACAUCUGCAGUCGUAACAACAUCAGCAGGAACAACGCCAUCAGCUAUAACUGUAGGACAAUCAACAUCAAGUGCCGGAACAACUGCAGCAAUAACCACAUCAGCUGCAACAACACCAUUGCCCACAACACCACCACAAUCUACAGCACCAUCAACAUCUACAGCAGUAACCACAUCAGCAGCAACAACACCAUUGGCAACAACUCUCGCACAAACAACUGCAGGUCCCUCAACAUCUGCAGCAGUAACCACAUCAGCAGAAACAACACCAUCAGCUACAACUGCAGGACAAACAUCAAGUGCCUCAACAUCUGCAGCAAUAACCACAUCAGCUGCAACACCGCCAUCGUCCACAACACCACCACAAUCUACAGCAGGAUUAACAUCAGCAGUAGUAACAACAUCAGCAAUAAGUUCUACAACUGCAGGAACAACAACAGAAGUAUCAACUCCAAUACCACAAACAUCAACUCCUUCACCAACUCAAAUGUCCACAACUCCAGGACAAACAACAGCAGCAUCAACAUCUGCAUCCGUAACCACAUCAGCAGCAAAAACACCAUCAGCUACAACUGUAGGACAAACAACAUCAGGUGCCUCAACAUCUGCAGCAAUAACAGCAUCAGCGGCAAUAACGGCAUCGUCCACAACACCACCCAAAUCUACAGCAGCAUCCAAACCAGCAGUAGUAACCACAUCAGCACCAACAACACCAUCAGCUACAUCUCCAAGAAAAACAACUUCAGCAGUCUCAACAUCUGCAGCAAUAACCACAUCAGCUGCAACAACACCAUUGUCCACAACACCAUCACAAUCUACAAUAGCAUCAACAUCUGCAGCAGUAACCACAUCAGCAGCAACAACACCAUCAGCUACAACUGCAGGACAAACAUCAGGUGCCUCAACAUCUGCAGCAAUAACCACAUCAGUUGCAACAACACCACUGCCCACAUUACUACAAUCUACAGCAUCAUCAACAUCUGCAGCCCUAACAACAUCAGCAGCAACAACACCAUCAGCUACAACUGUAGGACAAACAACAUCAGGUGCCGCAACAUCUGCAGCAAUAACCGCAUCAGCUGCAACAACACCAUUGCCCACAACACCACCACAAUCUACAUCAACAUCAACAUCUGCAGUAGUAACCACAUCAGCAGGAACAACGCCAUCGGCUACAACAGUAGGACAAACAACAUCAGGUGCCUCAACAACUGCAGCAAUAACCACAUCAGCCGCAACAACACCAUUGCCCACAACACAACCACAGUCUACAGCAGCAUCAACAUCUGCAGCAGUAACCACAUCAGCAGCAACAACACCAUUGGCAACAACUCUCGCACAAACAACUGCAGGUCCCUCAACAUCUGCAGCAGUAACCACAUCAGCUGCAACACUGCCAUCGUCCACUACACCACCACAGUCUACAGCAGGAUUAACAUCAGCAGUAGUAACAACAUCAGCAAUAAUUUCUACAUCUGCAAGAACAACAACAGAAGUAUCAACUCCAAUACAACAAACAUCAACUCCUUCACCAACCCAAAUGUCCACAACUCCAGGACAAACAACAGCAGCAUCAACAUCUGCAGCCAUAACCACAUCAGCAGCAAAAACACCAUCAGCUACAACUGUAGGACAAACAACAUCAGGUGCCUCAACAUCUGCAGCAAUAACAGCAUCAGCGGCAACAACGGCAUCGUCCACAACACCACCCCAAUCUACAGCAGCAUCCACACCAGCAGUAGUAACCACAUCAGCACCAACAACACCAUCAGCUACAUCUCCAGGAAAAAAAACUUCAGCAGUCUCAACAUCUGCAGCAAUAACCACAUCAGCUGCAACAACACCAUUGCCCACAACACCACCACAAUCUACAAUAGCAUCAACAUCUGCAGCAUUAACCACAUCAGCAGCAGCAACACCAUCGGCUUUCACUGUAGGACAAACAUCAGGUGCAGCAACAACUGCAGCAAUAACCACAUCAGCUGCAACAACAUCACUGGCAACAACUCUCGCACAAACAACUGCAGGUCCCUCAACAUCUGCAGCAGUAACCACAUCAGCAGAAACAACACCAUCAGCUACAACUGCAGGACAAACAUCAGGUGCCUCAACAUCUGCAGAAAUGACCACAUCAGCUGCAACACCGCCAUCAUCCACAACACCACCACAAUUUACAGCAGGAUUAACAUCAGCAGUUGUAACCACAUCAGCAAUAAUUUCUACAACUGCAGGAACAACAACAGAAGUAUCAACUCCAAUACCACAAACAUCAACUCCUUCACCAACUCAAAUGUCCACAACUCCAGGACAAACAACAGCAGCAUCAACAUCUGCAUCAGUAACUACAUCAUCAGCAACAACACCAUUGCCCACAACACCACCACAAUCUGCAGCAGCAUCAACAUCUGCAGCAGUAACUACAUCAGCAGUAACAACACCAUCAGCUACAACUGCAGGACAAACAACAUCAGGUGCCGCAACAACUGCAUCAAUAACCACAUUAGCGGCAACCACACCAUUGUCCACAACACCACCACAAUCCACAUCAACAUCAACAUCUGCAGUAGUAACCACAUCAGCAGGAACAACACCAUCGGCUACAACUGUAGGACAAACAACAUCAGGUGCCUCAACAACUGCAGCAAUAACCAAAUCAGCUGCAACAACACCAUUGCCCACAACACCACCACAAUCUACAGCACCAUCAACAUCUACAGCAGUAACCACAUCAGCAGCAACAACACCAUUGGCAACAACUCUCGCACAAACAACUGCAGGUCCCUCAACAUCUGCAGCAGUAACCACAUCAGCAGAAACAACACCAUCAGCUACAACUGCAGGAAAAACAUCAGGUGCCUCAACAUCUGCAGCAAUAACCACAUCAGCUGCAACACCGCCAUCAUCCACAACACCACCACAAUCUACAGCAGGAUUAACAUCAGCAGUAGUAACAACAUCAGCAAUAAUUUCUACAACUGCAGGAACAACAACAGAAGUAUCAACUCCAAUACCACAAACAUCAACUCCUUCACCAACACAAAUGUCCACAACUCCAGGACAAACAACAGCAGCAUCAACAUCUGCAGCCGCAACCACAUCAGCAGCAAAAACACCAUCAGCUACAACUGUAGGACAAACAACAUCAGGUGCCUCAACAUCUGCAGCAAUAACAGCAUCAGCGGCAACAACGCCAUCGUCCACAACACCACCCCAAUCUACAGCAUCAUCCACACCAGCAGUAGCAACCACAUCAGCACCAACAACACCAUCAGCUACAUCUCCAGGAAAAACAACUUCAGCAGUCUCAAAAUCUGCAUCAAUAACCACAUCAGCGGCAACCACACAAUUGUACACAACACCACCACAAUCUAAAGCAGCAUCAACAUCUGCAGCCAUAACCACA